AUGGCAAAGAAAGGCAGCAAAAAGGUUUCCAGCACACCUUCACCAAAACCUGAUAGCUUGCCUAAUGGGAAAAAGAGCAAAAAAGGUAAGAAAAAUGAGAUAGUAGAGGAGAGUAAAGAUGAUAGAAAAAGCAAACAGCAAGCUAAUCGUGCCAAAGUAACAUCAACUGCAAGCUGGACUGGUAAAUUACCUCAUACACUGCUUCAUGAAUUUUGCCAGAAGAAAAAGUGGAAUAAGGUUGAAUAUGAUAUGAAAAAGUUUGGCGAUAAAGGUUUAAUUGCAAUCGCUGUACUAUCCUAUACAGAUCCGAAAACAAAGGAAGUUAUCACUGUUAGGAUGAAUGAUCCAACUUAUGACAAGAUAAAUAACAAAGGUCUAUUAGUCCCUCAAGAAACACCGAUGGAAGCUAGGCACAUGGCAGCUACAUUGGCUUUGUGUCGUAUUGCCUACAACACGAAUCUACAUAUGAUGCUGCCGCCUAAUCAUAAACAGUUAUGGUACUAUUUGGAUGAUUUUCGUAAGGGUUUGAUCAAAAGCAAUAGUACGAAGGCUAGUAGAACUUUCGACUCAGAACCAUUCAAAACUAUUUUCGAGGAUAGAGUAGCCAAAGCAAAGAGGGAAAAGGAAUUAGCAGCUAGAGAUAACCAAUCUGAAAAAGAGAGUAAAAUGCCCAUAGUAAUAUCAUCAAGCACGCUUGCUGAAACCAAUAAAGUCAAGAAGCAAACAAAUACGAGGCCUUCCUCCAGCAAGCCAAAACAAAAUUGUGCUGCCAAUUUUCCAAGAAAGGUUUGGGAAAAUGCUACUUUUAUCGAUUUGGCGGAGUCUAGUAGACAAAUUAUCGAGAUAUCAAUGAGAAAAUAUAUCGAUUGGACCGCAAAAGGGAACAAAAUUGAUCGUGAUGGUGAUAAGGCAAAAGAACUUGAAGAGAAACUCCUCUCUCUGAAUUUUAGGAGAGCUCAUGUAAAGGAAGCAAUGAAGUAUGAGGACCCUCUUUCUUUCUUACUCUUUAAUCUUCCUGAAGAUGAUUUGCCUCAAUUCUUUCAUAAGAGAAAAGAGGAUUCAAGGAAUAAAAUUGAAAUUUCAUCCUUGCCACUACAAACAAGAAUGAUGGUUGAACGUUUGGUUGAGAGCGGUUUUUCUAAUGAUGAGGUUUUAUAUGCCUUAGAAAAGACUGAUAUGGACGAAAAUGAGGCAGCGGGUUUUCUUACGAGAAGUGUGUUACCUGAACUUCAAGAUUUACCUGGCUUGACAGACUCUCAGGAGUCAAUCGAAAUUUGGAAUCAGGAGUAUGAAAGUCUGAAAAGUAUUUACGAAGAUAAAGUUGAACUGGUAAAAAAGGAUUGUUCCUUCACAAUUGCAUUAGAUGAUAAACUUAGACUAAAAUUAAAAGUUCUCAGAACAAAAAAUUAUCCUUUUGGCUUGCCUGGGAUUAUUGUGUCAACUUUUGAUAGAAAUUAUAAGUUGCCAAACUACAUUAAAAAACAGAUAUUGAGUAAAUUAUUACUUCACAUCAAAGAACUAAGCUUGUUAGGUGAUAUGUUCGUAUUUCAUAUCUACGAAUGGCUACAGGAGAACUUUAAGAAGGUUAUCGAUAACCCCGGUCCAUUAGUUAUCGGCACCAGCACUGCUUCCACCGGCCUGGAUGAUGUAGCUAAUACCUCAACACAACAGUCUACCAAAAAAAAUAAAACAACGAAGAGCUCAAGACUGCUACCGUCUCAACUAGAUGAGGUGAGAAAGAAAUAUUUUGAACGUCUUCAAGGGCAGAAUUACAAAGAAAUGCAGUUGGUUAGAGCAGCGCUACCAGCAUGGAACAAACAAGAGCUUAUAGUUGAUUUGAUUGAUAGAAAUGAUGUUGUACUUAUUACUGGUGAAACAGGUUCAGGGAAAUCUACUCAAGUUGUACAAUUUUUGUUAGAUUCCCUCUAUAAACAGAAUAAGUGGAGCAGAAUUGUUUGCACCCAACCAAGAAGGAUUUCUGCGAUUGGCCUAGCUGAACGUGUUUCAGACGAACGGUGCGUCAAGUGUGGUGACGAAGUUGGAUAUGUGAUAAGAGGUGUUAAUAAGACGACCCCUUUCACAAGAAUCACCUUUAUGACGACUGGUGUACUGGUUCGAAUGUUACGAUCCGACAGGAACUCUCUGGAAAACACAAUUAUAGUUUUAGAUGAGGUUCAUGAAAGGUCCAUUGAUACUGACCUCGUUGUUACACUUUUGAGACGUUUCGUCGGUAAAGUUGAAGGCCUAAAAGUAGUUUUGAUGAGUGCUACAAUAAGUGUUGAUCUGUUCAAAAAAUUUUUUCCUGGUCUUGCAACAUGCCAUAUUGAAGGACGUACUUUCCCCAUUAAAGAUUAUUAUCUGGAGGAUAUUCUUGGAACCCUGGAUUUCAAGAUUGCUAAAAAUAAUAAGAAUCAUUUUUAUAAUGAUGGAGAAGAUAUUGACAACAGCGAUGAUGGAUAUUUGAGGCCAUCAGCUGACUCGAAGUUCUUCAGAGCAGGGAAUAUCAAUUAUGACUUGAUUUGUCAGCUAACAAAGCACGUUGAUGGUAGACUUGAAUCUGAAAAAAAUGAUGGUUCUAUUAUCAUUUUUCUACCCGGUGUUGCUGAAAUUAAUAAGUGUUGUAGAUUACUAAGUGAGGAAGAUGCUCAAAAACAGUUGGUAGUCUUACCCCUGCAUUCAGCCUUGACACCCGAAGAUCAGCAAAGAGUGUUCAAGAAGUAUCCAGGAUAUAGAAAAAUCGUUGUUUCCACGAAUAUUGCAGAAACCUCUAUCACAAUUGAUGAUUGUGUUGCUACAAUUGAUACAGGGCGUGCGAAAACAACCUACUACAAUUCACAUGAUAACACAACAAGGUUAAUCGAAUCAUUUAUUUCUAAGGCAGAAGCGAAACAACGUAGAGGGCGUGCGGGUAGGGUUAGAGAGGGUGUGUCCUUCAAGCUUUUUUCUAGAAGUCUAUAUGAAGAAUUUGCUCCAAUGCCAGCGCCAGAAAUCAAACGUAUAUCACUAGAGUCUUUAUACCUUUCAGUUAAGGCCUUGAAUAUUGGCGAUGUGACCAAAUUUUUGGCAUCAGGUCUGGAAGCCCCUCCAUUAAAUGCCCUACAAAAAGCUGAAAGAAUGUUAAUAGCAGCUGGCUUGUUACAUGAGUCUGAUAAGUCGUUAACUGAGUUAGGUAGAUAUAUUUCAUUAAUGCCCGUAAUGGAUAGUAAAUAUGGUAAGUUGCUGAUCUACAGUGUAACUUUUGGUGUUACUGACAUUGGUAUAUUAGUGACCUCUAUUUUAAGUACUGGUUCACUUCCAUUCGUUGGAGGCAUUGAAAACCGAGAUGCAAUUAAAAGGGUUUUAAGCAGGUUUGAGUCAGAAGGCGAUGUUCUGGCAGUUACUGAACUAUUGCAGAAGUACUUAACAUUGAAGAAAGGACAAGAAAAGAGUAAAUUUCUAAAAGAUAAUAUGCUCUCGUACAAUAAAGUGAACGACAUCCUUUCGGCAAGAGUUCAGUAUUAUUCCAUUUUGAAAGAUGUUGGUUUCUUGCCAAAUAGCUAUAAACCGGGUGCAGAGACGUUUAAUAGGAACGCUCAUAAUUUUGCUCUUAUUAUGGCUGUGCUUACUGGGGCUUUUUACCCACAUGUAGCAAGGGUUCAAUUGCCAGAUCCAAAAUUUUUAGCUACCACCUCAGGUACAAUAGAAAAAGAUCCAGAGGCUAAACUAAUAAAAUACUGGAUUAGAAAUGAAGAAUAUCAGGAUAGACUAAUCUCACUAUUUCAAGAUAACCAAGAAUUACAUGAUAUUAAAAAUCUAAAGAACCUACCCCUACCAGCUUCAAGAGCAUUUAUCCAUCCGUCUUCCGUCUUUUUCUCUAAUAAUAACAUUAAUCCAGAGGAUUUCAAGACGUUGGAUGACGAUAGUAUCAUGAAAGAAAAGUAUACCUCUUCAACACCGAUGCUAAAAUUCCCAUUUAUUAUUUUUAAUAGUUCUCAGGUAACAAACAAACUCUAUUUGAGGGAUAUAACGCCAACGUCCACAUUGGCUGUUUUAUUGUUCGGUGGGGCAAUAAACUACGAUAUAAAUGGUACUUCACAUUCCCCUGGAAUCGUGGUAGAUAAUUGGCUCCCUAUUAGGACGUGGUGUAAAAACGCCGUUUUGAUAAAAGAGCUAAGAAAAAUGUUAGAUCUUGCAAUCAAGGUUAAAUUCGACAUGCCAAGCUACGCAGAUGAUUCAAAAGCAUAUAAAACUCAGAAGGCUGACGACGUUUUAAAAAUUGUGGAAGAGCUUCUUUGUAACGAAAGAUAA